AUGCCUGGCGUGGACCUCCUCGAUGCCUUCGCCGAGCUUGUGGUGCGGGUUGUCUUCAACCUGCCGCACACGGAACCGGAGAAGACGUCGAGCAGCGACGAAGACGCGCCCUACGGCUCGAACAGCAGCGCCACGCAGAUCUUCUCUCGCGUGAACUCGCUCGAGGAUGAGCAGCAGCUGCAGCUCCUCAGCGAAACGCCGCCGUUGCAGGUUGGUAUGACCAACGGCAACUCCGCUAUGAGGACCACCUCGUGCAGCAACCCCAUCAGCCGCGGCAGCAGCUCCGCCUCGCUCGACCUCUACCCCGGUGGCUUCUGGAACGCCAUGGCGCGGGUACCGGCGGCCGCGGUGGUGAACGGCGCUAGGCCAUCGCGCCCCAGCAGCGUCGUGUCGCUCGGCACCGUCGACAACCUGUCCACCCCACGCAGCGGCGCCGGCCUGUGGAACCGAAUCCUCGGCGGCAGCGGCCGCACACAGACCCCGCCGCACACAGACCCGACGACCACAAUGUCCAGCUUUGUUCAGCUGACGGAUGAGGAGCUUGGCAUGGCCGCCGCGGCCAGCGGCGGCGGCGGCUACGGCGGCGUAGGUGCAGCGCAUAGCCCCGGUGGCGGCAGCGGUAUGUGGGGCGGCUUCUCUCCCACGCCCAUCACGGCACACUCCUACGCCUCCACGCCGGUCCAUGAUGCGUGCCAGCUGCCGUCCUCAUCCUCGUCCAACUCGCACCAGCAACCGCUGCCGCAGCAGCAGCAGCAGCUGAUGGGCUCUCAUAGCCUGCACCUCGGUCGGAGUCCAACACAGAACGGCAGCGGCAACGGCGGCCGUCCCUCGCAGCGCAGCUCCUCUAGCGAGUUCGACGUACUGUAG